GUAUAAGUUGAAUGAUAAUGUAACUGAGUUAGAUGUUGGUUACAAAUAUUAAAAUGUUUUGGUCAGGCAAACUGACGUUUUGUAAAAUAGCUUUUCUAAUUCUACAUGUGGCUUUAGUAACCUGUAUAGAGUCCAAAUUGGUACGCCAAGACAUACUAGUAACGGAAGAUACGAUUGCAUGCUCGCUCAAUUGUGAACGGAACGGUUCUGACACAGACGUAUGUAACCAUGCAACUGGUGAAUGUAUGCUAGGCUGCAAGGCAGGAUUUGCAGGGCCUAACUGUACACUUCAGUGUUCAGAUAAAGACAAAUACUGCACGCUGUGUUCUAUUGGUCCUAACAGCAGUGGAUUUGUUUGCACCCAAUGCAACAGAAACUUUUACCGCGACAAUGGGAAAUGCCUCCAGUGCAACUAUUACUGUACAAUAAACGUUUCAAGUCCGUUGGCAAUUUGUCGUGAGAGUGACGGAUACUGUCAACAUGGCUGUCGGUCUAAUCGCUUUGGUUUCAAGUGCGGAAUCAGGUGUAGCUCAACUUGCAAAGAUAUCUGUCAUAGGGAUACAGAAAUGGUGCAUUAA